AUGCUUGUACAGCCCAACCUGAACCUCCAAGGCCGCAAAGCCCGGGGCUCUUCCUCCAGCCCCGGACGCGGCCAACCCUCGCUUCCCCAGGGCAGGGCUCCGCUCAGGUCCGUGCAACCAGCCAAGUCGGGCCCGCACCGGGCCGGCCCGGCCCGCCAGUCCGUACAGCCCCUGGACCCCCGCCAGCGGGGAUGGGCGUGGGCCCCGGCGGCCACCGCCCCGCCAACUCCGGCGCGGGAGAAGAGAGUGCGCCCCACCCGCUACGCCAGCCUCGGACCUACCUGCAGGGGAGAGAGGGGCUCUUGGACAGCGGCCACGGGCCCGAGGGCGGGCGGCGAGGCGGCCGGAGGCCGUCCCGGGGACUCCGAGUAUCCCCGGUGGGGCAGGGCGGGCAGAGACGCCGGGGGACUGCCGCGGGCCAGCGCGGCCCGUCGCGGGGGUCGCGGGGACCUGGCUCUCCCUUUAGCACCAGGCCGCCGCCGCCGCCAUUUUGCCUUCCACUCGGUGUCGCCGCCGCCGCACUCCGCUGCAGUUGAACUCUUUCUAUGGACGAAUAUAGGAUAAAAGAUGCGCAUUUGGAGGAGUUUAAUUCUCAGAACCUCGCUGUGGACAUCGGGAUUCGGGAUUUCUAGACGCUUUGAAAUAAAUUGAUUUUUGCUUAGCACUCUUUUCCCGAGUAAAUCCAAAAACUAUAUACAUUGAUGGAUAGAAGACAGUAUGAAAAGAAUUGUCUCUCUUUGAGAUUAAGUACUUACAAUUUUCUUUUGACUGUCUUUUCUACAAUGAAUGACUUUUGUAAUAACAGAAAGUUUUAAAAAUUAGCCCCAGCAAUAAAACUAUAAACAGAUUAAGAAUU